UUUUAAAAAGUCUGUAUUUUCUUUAUUUUAAAUUUCAGAAUGCCACGCAAGAGACGUUGCACAGAGACCGAUUCUGAAGACGACAACGACGAGACGAAACGUCCUCAACGCAAUGCUGCCAACGAACGUGAGAGGGCUCGUAUGAGGGUGCUCAGUAAAGCCUUUUGUCGUUUAAAAACGACACUUCCUUGGGUCCCAGCUGAUACCAAAUUAUCGAAAUUGGAUACAUUACGUUUAGCAACGAGUUAUAUUGCACACCUUAGAGCUGUUUUAAUGGAUCAACCAGUUACAGAUAGUUUGCCGAAGCACCCCUUAACCUUGACUUGGCCGUUCAGCUUCCAACGACCCGAUUCCACGACAGAUGUAGUCGACGAAAGGGAUCCGCAAUUUUGGGUUCACGAUGCUCAAAUCCAGCCCAUCGUCAGGGAUAGAGACGACAUAUCCUAUUACUACUAAG